CCCGGCCCGCGCCCUCUAUAAGUUGGAGUGGCCGGCACCAGUGUAGCCACACAGCGCGCAGGGGAUUGCUUAUGGUUUAGCAUCUAGAGAUUUCAUCCAAGUGUGUUGAGAUCUAGAGAUCCCUGCUGUGUUGUGAUUUUUCAUCGUGUUGAGAUGCAUCGACCGCGAAACGCUUGGUGGAAUAGAACAGAUGGUGCUGAAACUCGUAGUACGCUCGAAGGACAGAGACAAUUCAAUAUUAACUUGCAUAAGGCGCAACAAAGACUCAGAACUGCACGAAACAACGCGCCAAACCUGACGAAGAGAGUCUUGGGUGGGUUUGUUAAAACCUUCGAGUACGAGUAUGAUGAUGAAGCCAUUGGCAAUGUUCAUAACGGCACGAUGAUAAUUGCGUACGAUGAUGGUAUUGAGCAACCUCAUGAUAUCACAGUAGUGAUCUUAGAGGAUUGGGCCAACGCUAGUGAGAUCGGAGAUGCAAUUGUGGCGCAUACUGAAAAACUUUCUAGCUAUGGUGGUGACUUACUUGUGCAAGCAUAUUUCAGUACUUUUUGCCACAAUGCUCAGAGAUACAUAGUGGCCUAUGAGCCAUUCGUUCCCGCCUCAAUUCAGGGAAUAAGGAGUGAACCAUUUUUUGCUCAUGAUGAGCUAGAGUUGUCAGAAUGUUGGCGGGAGAGGAUGAGGUCAUUCAUAGAACUUCUCCAUAUCGCGGCACAGUGCAAUAUCAGACAUGGUGGCCUCUCGGAGCUUGCCAACUAUGCGACUUGUCGAGAUGGGCUGAAGAUAAUUAAUAUGGGGCGAUAUUCUCACAUUGUCGGGAGAGAAAGAGACAUGCGGCAGCUUAUGGAUUUUGUAACCACACUAUUCCCUCGGAGUUUGACUCAUCCCGAGUGGAGAACCCUUGUUGAUCUUCUCCUCUCAGUGACCAUGUGGAACCCACUUAGAGUUGAUUCUUAUUACGGUCCUAACUGGCUAGAAGUUGUCUUGCGGCACCCAAUUUUAUUGGGCACUGCCGAAGAAAAAUUGGACUGCUUUGUAGCUCUCCACAUGGAUGUAAUGCGUCUGGACAAUACAGGGAAAGCUAGGUUCUCAAAUUGGAUUCACAAUCGCUACCCGGCAUUUAAACGGUACUUCUUGCAUGACUUCGAUGAUGAACUAGAACGUGACCAUGAUCUCCGUUCUCGAGUUGUUCCCUGGAACCAACUCUACUACAAUCUCUUCACGUUCAUCCCCCCUGGAAGUAAUAGGGAACUCAAAGAAAACAGGGACUUUGCAGCUUUCAAGCAUGGAUCCCGGUUUAGAAAGAAUGAGUUCUUUCAGGACCCUAAUGAUGGGAGUUGGUCAGCUAACUAUGGUACAAGAUAUUGCUAUCUCAAUAUUAUUAAGUUGGUUAAGAACCUGAUAAACCAUGGAGGUGACUACGAUCAGGAAUUGCAUGAUAAGAACAAUAUGCUCAUAGAGAUCAGAACUCGAUUCCAACAUUUUAUGAGUGUUUGCUACACCGUCAUAAACAUGACGGAUGAUUGGAUUAAUGAUUGGACGACCGAUCCAUAUCCAUAGAUGAUGUGAGAUCAGGAAGAGGAAGUUGCUCGACCUCAACAACUGGAGGUUCUUUGAGUAUGGAUGUGAGAUCGACGGCAAUGUCUCGAGCCAUUGGGUUGGUCUCUUUGGUACUUGUGCAUCUUCGCUGAGUACCGCUCAUCAGCGCUGCGUCGCUUGUAUCGGUUCUAUGUGACCAUGUAUCGAACCUACACCUCUACUUUCUGGCUUUAUUCUAGCGCUCAGUCGCAUGUGUUUUGGUCCCUCGGAAUCUUGUGAUAACUUAAGGGCCUCAUUUUAAGGUCGGGGACAGCCUACUUUCUAAAAGUAUGGAUUGUUCUUUAGGAAUAUUAUAACUGUUGAAGCCGGUACAUUUA